AGACUAACGGAAACGUUAAAGGUCGUUUUGAAAAAGUUCACCCGGGUCGUUUAAGUGAUAACACUAAGGUUUAACCAAAGCCGGUUGCUUAGCGACUUCCUUGUACGGUAGGGUGUAAGGGCUAUCGUUUGCUCCGGAACUAAUCCUUUGUAUUUUGGUCAUGGCGGUAAAUAAAGACAGUUUAAAGCCCUCUUGCGAAGAUAGUUAUUCAGAUAACACUGUUCUCUCUCUAGUAGAUGUUUUGGAGGAAAAUGAACAGUUGGAAAGUGACGCUUGUGCGGUGCUCGGGGCAAGUGAUCCGGAGAGAUGCUCGUAUCCCGAGGGCUAUGUGAAAAGACAAGCCUUGUAUUCCUGCAGCACCUGUAAUCCUAGAGGAGGAGAAGCCGCUGGUGUGUGCUUAGCUUGUAGUUAUAAGUGCCAUGAAGGUCAUGAUCUAUUUGAGCUCUACACGAAAAGGAACUUCCGUUGUGAUUGCGGUAACAGCAAGUUUAAUGGACUGGAAUGCAAGCUGUUUAAGGAAAAGGAAGAGGUAAAUGCUACCAACAAGUACAACCACAACUUCUUUGGGUUAUAUUGCACUUGUGAGAGGCCGUAUCCAGAUCCUGAAGAUGAUGUAAGAGUUCCUACAGUAACCAAAGUAACGCCUCUUGAAGAUUCUCUGACAGACGAUGUGGAUGUGGGAGAUAAUGAGCCUGGAAAAAAUAUCAAACAGGAAAAUAGUGCAAGUCCUGGACAGAGCUCACACGAGACAAAGUCUGCAGUACCAAUUACAAGUAUCAAGACUGAUGGUACUACAUUUAAAGAGAAAGAAGGAAACGGUGAUAUAAAAGGAGAACCCUGUACAAGUACAACUUCAUGUUUGCAGAGUCAGCCACAGACUCUUGUCAAUGGUGAUGUGAACUGUGUGAAGAAAGAUGACACAGCAACAAACUCAGAUGUACAAGACUGUCUUUCCAGCUGUAAACUACAUGAGCUGAAAGCACAGACAGUUGCAUUAGAAAAGACUGCCACAUAUUGGUACCAGAGUUGGCGUAGCAAGUUGUGUACAUGUCAGGACUGCAAGAUAAUGUGCUUCCAGCAAAGUCACCAAAUGCAUUUUUUCUUAGAGUAUAAUGACCUGAAAUCAGAACUUAAAGAUUAUCUGAAGCAGUUUGCAGAUGAAGGAAAGGUUGUCACAAGUGAAGACAUACAGCAUUUCUUUGAAGGUUUGCGUUCAAGAAAGAGACGGAGAUUGGAUGGCAUGCAGUAUUAUUGCAGCUGAAUUCGGAAUCCUGUUUGCUCUUAUUCUGGUUGACUGAAAUCUUCUGUUCAGUAAAUAAAAGGAGGGAGACAUCUCUCCAUUAGGUUGUCCCUCUUUAUUGCUUCUAGUCAGAAAAUAGUUUUGCAAACAAAACACAGAUAAUUCAAAUUCUGCAUGUUGCUGCAGCUCCUGGUUUUUGCAUCACAUGAUAUGGUCUGUGUGUGACUUGUCUCAAACCUCGUUGAUGUAUCCAUGGCGAAACAUCAGAAGUUAACAGGGUAAAAAGUAUGAUUUACUCAUAAUGAUACAAGUCUAAAAGUGAUAACUUACCAGUUUCCGUCUAAACUAGUUCCUUGAGUAUUCUCUCAGUAACCUUGCAAAUGGGUAUUGGCAAGGCUGAUGAGUCUGUAGUUUUCUGAAUCAGCUGUGGAUCCCUCUCUUGCAAAUAGGAAGUAUUGUGUCCUGGUGCCAAAAAGACAAAACCAGUGGUGAGUCUUCUAUUUAGUAAGAUGCGCAGUGGGACUGAGAGGUUUUGUUUACUACUGGCUACUCUUAAUACUUUGUUACUCUGGCAUCAGCCACAGUAGUUUUGCAUUGAGCAUAUUAAAAUUCAGUACUAUCCUCUGAUUAUGAAGUUACAUGCAAGGACAAUGUAAUAGCAUGAAAUGCAUUUUCCCUGAACCAGUAUGCUGCUUAAUUGUGGUGUUUGAUUGUGGAAGACUGCCGUGUACUGUUUUUUGUGUGUGUGUGUCUUGGAGAGAGAGAGAGAGAUCACUACAUUUUUUAGAUCUGCAUCAGUUGUCCAUGGUGUCAUUUCUUCCUGAAAUUUACUCUUUCCUGCUUUGAAUAAAGGAAGAAGUGCAGGACUAAUAUUUCUGCAUUCAGGUGACUAAUAAAGCAUGUAGAUUUAAAGUUAGUGAUAUUUUACUGCAUUUUUUUAUAUAUUUUAGUGUACUAAGCAGUUUUGGUUUGCAGGUGUAAACUUGUGUGUUUUAACCUGGAGUAUCUAAUUAGCUGUUACACAAGGUACAGAUCCAUUGUAUAGGAAUUGAAAGGUGAGGAGUAGAGAACUCCCUAUGAUCAGGUGUGUCCUCUCCACUACAAAUAUUGGGCAUCUUUUUCCAUAAGUUUCAUUGCUUGGUGAUGGUUGUGCAGCCAUGAUGUCUUCUUUCAUGUUAUGCAUGUAGACUACAUAAUCUUGACUCUCCCAAUGCCCACAAAUGAUUUUUUGUUUGUUGCAGUUUUGAUCUCAACCUAUUUUAUCACCAGUAAAAGAUUUCUCCAUUUGCACACUUUUUGGAUAUUCCGAUUUUAUCUUUAGAACAUAAGAGCAAGGAAAGGGUCUAUUCAUGAGAUCCUUGAGUAGGGUCUCAUUUUUGGCCAUUUGAGGAGCUAAAGUUUUAUCUAAGAUUCCACUUAGCGGAUUUACUGGAGCAAGUGCCUCCUAGAAGUUACCUACCUCGCAUCCCUGUGAUAGUUUAUACUUGACCUACUGGUGGUCAGUCCCAUUCUCUGCUUUUGUAGAAGAGUCAUUAAUUUGUGGAUGGGGUUGCUUGGAUCUUGAGGCUUUGUCUCGCAGGGCCAUCUUCUGAAGACAUUUGGACUGGUCAGCCCUGGUAGAGGAGAUGCAAGGGUGAGCUUAGACCAGAGUCUGUAGGCAAGGCCCAAGAGAUCAAGUCUUAGUAGGAUCUAAAGAUACAGGUGCCGAGUUUAACCCACUGUGAUGAAAGCUCCUGAUACUUGCAUGCUGCCCGGGGUGCAUGCAUGAAUGCAUGGGGGGAGCGCCUUUUGUCUUGAAUUGUCAUAUGUGCUACUUGUGUAGGAGUUGGCAUAAUUUAGCUUCCAGCACAGCAGGUGUGGCCUCUUUCAAUCAGCUUCAAUUUGGAUAAGGUAGCUGAAGCUUUAGAAUUUUAUUACCCUUCCAGCUGCUGAGGGCCAAGAUGCCUUUUAAUUAGGUUUUAAAAUAUGUGAAGUAUUUUGUUGUACCAAGGCCAGAUGAGAGUAUGGGGUGACCCAUGUCAGUUUCCCCUUCCAUUAUUUUGUAACUAGCCUUUGUUGAUAUUGCAGAGACCUGGAAACAAUUUAUUGCACUAUCCUCCAGCAUGCUGGAAUAAUAAUUGCAAAAUAUCAAAAAGCAGACUUCUGUGUGGUUGUAUUGGCUUUCGGUUUUCUACAAGCCCAUGCUGAAUGAUUCUGAAGAAGGGUAGUGUAGGUAAGAAGAUUUAUUCUACCAAUCUAGGGCUUAGAGUCCUCAGAUUCCUCAGAUAUGCAUCUCUGCUUUCCAUGUUGCAAGCCCUCCUAAUGGGUAAUCCUGGCUAAGCUUGAGAACCCUCCCUCACUGUGGGAUUAGACAGCAUCUUGCUUGCUGGUUCUGUCUCGCCUUAGGAGGCUGUCUGGGCUGGGUUCCUUAGUGAGAAUGGUAGGCAUGGCUUUGUACCACUUCCACCACAUGGCUUUGAGGAGAUUUCUCCCCCUCCCACCCUUGGGGUGACCAGGUAUGCCUCCCAAAUUAUUACUUUCAAAAGAGUGCUAUUUUGAUUGCAUUUUGUUUGGUAACAGGCUAGUCCCUUUUUUAAGAGCUAAAAUUCUGUUCUUCCAAAAAGAGAAUUCCCACAAGCAGCAUGUGUGCAGGGCCAAGCAUUCAGUGAUUUUCCAUACUUGGAGGACGUACAGUCUGAGUUUCCUUGUCCAGGUCCCACUUUUUGUAUUUGAGCUGUUUGCAGUCACAGAGCUCAUUGGGUUGAAGUUAGUUCUUUGGAGGAGCUGACCUGUUGGAAACUGGUAGUGGUGGGGGUUCCAUCUUGUAUCUGCAUAACAUCAGCUACUCUUAUUGGGCUUCUCUGUGAGGCAACAUUGCCAUAUGCCCAGACUCCAUUGCCAUGUUGGUGGGGUAAAGCAACCAUCUCCUGGAAGGAGGGCACAUUUUGCCGCCUUUUAUAUGUCCUGAGACUACUGCCUGCUUCAUCACCUACUGAUUCUAGGCGCUUGGAAUUUUACCCUCACUCAUUUGCUUAUCAGAAGAUGUCCUUUGUGAUAUUGUCUGCCUUCCCUUUAUGAAGGGAUUUGUCCCUUGUUGGUUCCUAGAUGGGCUGCCGUCCUGUUUGGGAUUCAUAAAGAUUGUUUCCUUCUUGCAGUGUGAUUCAACUGUCUUGCUGCUUAACCAUGAUUAGUGCCGUAUAGUUCCCACCAACAUCAGGUGAGACCCUGCAGGGAAAGUUUUGUACUGCUGGGAAGCCUUCUGUACAAACAAGUGUGAGUUCUCAGUGAGGACAAGUGAUGCGUUUUGUGCAUGUGUGUGCGUGCAGUAUUCUGGAUACUUGUGGUUAGUCUUGUGCUCAGUAGGUGUAAGUGGGACAGUUCCUGUCCUCCAUGCCUGGUGGGGCACAAGUUGCAGUCUUUGUGCCCUUGGCCCACUUAGUGUAAGGACCGCUUUCCCCUCUCCUGGACAUUCUUGCCUUUUGGGCUUUUAUAAUUAUUACAGAGGCAUGCAUGUCUGCUAUGGGGUGCUUGGACCUGUAGUAUGAGCAUUCUAACAGUAAUAUUCUUUCCUAGUGGCUGUGCUGCAUAGUAUUCCAGCCCUACAGUUCCUGCUGGGGAUGAAAGUGUGCUCUUACCCCUUGGAGGGCUCAUCUUGUUACACACUGCUCUGUGUAGAAAGGGUCAGAUUGCUGUCUCUUGAAGGAGUGCUCUCUUCAUGGGUGGGGAGGGGGGGGGGUCAUUUUUGAAAUUCACCUGUGCUUGAAAGUGCCGUAAUCUUGUGGUGGGGAAUGGAUUCUUCUCCAGCAGGGUGCUGGUUCAGGCUAGAUGAACUGGUUGUUCAUCUGUCUGGAUGCUGGAAAUUAGUUCUGUAAUGUCUUUAAUCCAUUGUAGGGGCAGGAGAGUUAGGUUUUGAUUUACUGGACAUUGUUUGCUAGUCUAAGCUGUAGUUUUGUCUCCUUUUCUUUGAGAUCAGCCUUUUAAUGCUUUCUUGGUCUCACAUUUAGGGACUUCAUUACUUUGUCUAUUUAAGCACAUGAAACCUCUUUCCCAGGCAGUGUUUGUUGUCUGGGCAUGGAGUCUUGCUUUUUCUAGAUGCUUCCCAGUAAGGAGCCUAAUUGCUGCUCUUCGUCUGGAUCUUGGUUUCCCUGCAUUCAUCAUGGUUAAAUUCCCUGAAGCUUAACUGGACAAAACACACUGAUCAGAGAUUUAGCUUAGUGAAGCGCACGAAAACAUGUUUUUGCAGUGGGACAGAUUUCCUGCAACCUCGGGUCAUUUUUCCCCAUAUACUGAUUCCUUUGCUGCACAGCUGUGGAGGACCACCCCACAAAUGGAAUCACUGCUGUAUGCAGAUAGAAGAGCACAGAAAGAGAGAUCUCCUUUGAGAAACAGCCUUCAAGGAGUUCGACAUCAGGAAGUUGAACUCUUAAAAUGAAUCAGCAUUCACUUUGCACUCACCAUAGAGAAGGGAAGUCAUGAUUCUUUUGCUGUUUCCAUGAGGGUAAUUUUACUGUUCGGUAUUCAGCUUAGUCACUACACAUCCAUCAAGAAGGGUUCUUGAUGUUAGAUGCACCUGUGCUCUGAGUUGAAAUAGUGAGAAUAUUCCUUAAUGGAUUAGGUAUACCCCCAUCCCUGUGUGGAUGGGACAUCAACUACAGCCCACCUUGACUGUUAGAUUUUCUCUGUAAGUUGAAGUGUGUAUAUCUGUAUAUCAUUUCUUAAUAGUGGUGAUGCCAAAUAUUUGUUCAUUAUUUGCAGGUGGAGCUCACUAGUUGCGUGGGAAUGAAAUGGCAGGUAUAGGGUGCAGGUGUGUGACAUAAUUGGUCUGUCCCAGAGCAUUGAAACUUCAUGAAAAAGAUGCUGAAUUUUGGUUAAUGGAGAGUGUGUGUGUGUGUGUAUGUAUGUGUGUUUAUAUAUAUAUAUAUAUAUAUAUAUGUAUAUAUAUAUAUAUAUAUAUAUAUAUAUAUAUAUAUAUAUAUAUAUUUAUUUAUAUAAAAUCUCCAAACACAUGAAAUAUCAAGAAGGGUUUUUUUUCAUAGAUAGCUAAUGCAGUGAGAGCUUCAUAGAUAAAUGAUGUAGUGAGAGUGUACAUGUUAUGCCACAUUGACUGUUUUUUUCUUUUUCAUUAUUUGUGUAAUGAAGGCUGGUAUGCCAGUGGCCUAUGGUGUCAUGCACUUGUAGUCAUGGCUACUUAUUUGCAGAUGCACAAAAAUUAAUGUUCUUUUUUCGGUUCCUCUUGGCCUUCAUUUCCCACUUUUUAGAUCAACCAAAGAGAUUUGCAUCACUUCUUAUUCCGUUUUUAUUAUUCUGGUUAUUGGCAUCCUGUCGUGUAAUUUGUUUACAUCACCUGUGACUCUUGUAGCCAUUUUUAUGACUUGAAUGAGCUAAAUAAAAACUUGUCAGCUGAUAGUUUUUUAAAACGUACAGUACUAGUUUAUGAAGUUUUCAGAAAAGCCUAGUAGUAACAACUUAAAAUUGAAAUAAAUGUUUCUUUUUUGUUUCAAA